GAUAUGUGCAAAACGAAUAUUUGCCUAGGCUGGAAGUUGGACUUAAAUAAGCUUACGUUGACAUGCAAGAUAUCAGAUAUACGUUUAAGAGUUUUCAUUUAUGAUCCUUCUGGCAACAAGCAGGCAGUCUGUAUUCCGCCUUAUCCAUUCGACUGUGAAGCAUAUUAUGAAAAUGGUAAUAUGUCAUAUAACACAAUUACAAAAGAAAUACAAUUUAUAGUACAUGGAGAAACAAGUCAGAACAUUGAGGGAUAUUGGUCGUGUCGUCAUGGAACUAGAAGAGAUAUUUCUACAGUUUUUGUAUCGAUGAUAACCACGAAAGGUAUUAUUCAAAGUACUACCAAUAGUGAUUCAAUCAUAUUCUUUACGGAGAGGAAGAAAGGAAAACCUUCAUUUGCAGCGCACACUUGGAGUUCCAGUUCCACUAAACAUUAUGAAAUCGACUUUAAGCAGACUUCAGAUUUGAUGACAAUCAGUGAAGAAUUCCAAUCAACACAGUUCGUCUAUACAGACAUGGAGAGUGGACAAACACACACCGAGCUAGCCGUUAUCUUCAAUACAUUUUCUGGACUGUUUAUAGGAUCAGCUGUGUUAGUUUUGUUAAUGUUCGCUGUAUGUUAUAUCUGGAUCAGUCGUCGAUUUAAAGAAAUACACCUUAAGACUGAGGUAGUUGACGGAACAAACCCUUCCAAUGAGGCCCACAAACACGCAAUUGCUCUUCAUGACAUUGACACAGAUGAGAGAUCAGUCAGAUUAUCUGAAUAUGAUUCAAUAAACGAGAAUGAAAUGCUUCCUUUUCCAUCUGGCGUUGCAUUUGACGACAAAGAUUCAAAUUCAGACAGAGAAACGAUCACAACCAUUCAUUCAAGCAAAAGUGGGAAUACGUCGUCACUAGAAAACUUAUAUCUUGAGGUUAUUGAUGAUGAUUCCUAUCUGAAUCCAUAUCAAUCAAUAGAAACUGACCAUGAUUUAGAAAAAGUUCAUAACUAUUCCACAAUAUCAGCCAUGGAUUAUUCAGAAAUGUGUUUUCAAAACCCGAUAGAGUUAUCCCCUCUUGAAAAAAUUUCCGGACAUGCUAUUGACGUCAGGAUUGAACAUAACUGCUUUUGUUCCCUCGCACAUGUUGAAAUGUCCAAAUUUGAAACAGAUGGAAUCAACGAUCUACAAGACAAAGGAAUGCUGCAGACAUCCAGUUUCCACUCUGAAUGGUCUGAAAACAAACCGGGUUACUCUGACAAGUCAACAAUGGACCAGGAUAUAGAUUUUGAAAAGGCAUCAUGCUCUAGUAAACCUGACAAUAAUGUGUUUAAUGAUGCCGGCAUCUUUCCAUGUAAUCCAAUGAGUAACUUGCUUUAAUCAUAUUAAGAUAUAUAGUAAUAGACUCUCAUCAAUAAAAUUAUUGCUAGACUAAAAAUAGGAAGUAACUUUUGCCUUUAAAACUUUUAGUAACAACAAGAGAGAAAAUAGCUUAAUUAAGUUAUAUGCGAAAAACAUCAAUGUUCGAGGUAAACUCCAAUAAAAAUUUACCUAACCAAUUGAGACACUAAAAGAGUCAUCCAAAAAUCACCAUGUGGUCUUUCAUGAAUGACAAUUUCGAGACAAAUAUCAAAACUUAAGCAGGCCUUCU